CCUAUUCUUCUCAUAAACACACGGUUUCAGUAUUCGAUCUUGUUGCAUACUAUCACCCAUUCUACUACUCAACAGAUAGACCCAGAGAGACAAUGAUUUCAAGAACUUGCCAUAUUGCAAGUUUCAUUCUAAUUGCCGUAUCGUUUCUGAUUGGUGAAAGUCAAGGAUUCACGACUUCACCGUCGGGAUCGAACCAUCGACAGGGGAGAACACAGCACACCCUAACGUACAGUGCAGUCGACGAAUUCAGUCUAGCAGAGACAGAAUUGUCACUUCUGAAGAAAGCGAAGAAGGGACAGAAAGUGACGGCUUCUCCCCAGUCGAUGUACGGAAAGAACAACGCUGAUGAACUAUUGGAUGCUGCUACACAAAAAGCUACAAUCGAAAAUGAGUUUCCGAAGCGGAKAAUAACAGCUAAGGUCCGCGAAACCGGAACCGACAGCAUGAAACACUACAUCAAAAGUAUGUGCAACCACGAGCUAUUAAACAAGAACGAAGAAAUAAUUCUUGCCCGUGAAAUCCAAAUAUUAUUGAAAUGGGAGAAGCAACGAGAAAAGCUUGAAGAGGAAUUACUACGGUGAGUUAGUCGUCGUGCCUUGUAGUUUCUGAAUUCUUUUGUCGUUUCGAAUUGAAAUGGUGCAACUCACAAUAUACCUUUCCGUCUCGUAGACCUCCAACUUACGCCGAGUGGGCGACUUCGAUUCGUACAAACAUGACUGUCCCAGAACUCAAAAAACAAAUCCGCCGUUCGCUUCGUGCGAAGACCGCCUUAACCGAAUCAAACAUUCGACUGGUCGUGUCCAUCACUAAGCGAUACCAAAACAGAGGUAUGGCAUUUCAAGAUUUAGCGCAAGAGGGUAUUUUGGGAUUGACCAGAGCAUGUGAAAAAUUCGACCCGGAACGUGGAUUCCGUUUCAGUACUUAUGCCACUUGGUGGAUCAAACAAAGCAUUAUGCGUGCUAUUGCCGACCAGGGACGCACCAUUCGAUUGCCGGUGCACAUCCACGACCAACUGAGUGCCCUUCGAAAGGCCGAGAGAGAGUUAAAGUCUGACUUUGGCCGACAACCGACUACUGCGGAGGUUACGGAACGAACUGGUUUCACUUCCGAACGAAUUGAUUUCUUGAACAGGGUUUCUCAACAAUCAAUUUCCAUGGAGCAAGAACUUACUUCCUCGAAAGUUAAGGGAUCCGGUGCUGGUGUAGGCGGAGGUGGUGGAAACUCACUCACCAUAGGGGAUAUGAUGGGGGAUCCAGAUCAGAAGCCAGUUGACCAAGCUUCGUAUCAGAUGCUUAAAGACGACCUUUCACGACUAAUCUGUACACUCAACUCUCGCGAACAAGCUGUCAUCCGAAUGCGGUUUGGGCUAGAUGACGGACGACCGAAAACACUGGAGGAGAUUGGAAAACGAUUUUCCGUGACUCGCGAGCGCAUCCGUCAAAUAGAAGCGAGAGCCCUCCACAAGCUUCGUCAGCCAUACCGAAACCACGCGGUAAAGUGUUACGUCAAGGAGUACUCAUAGAUACACCGAGAUAGAAUGAGGCACGCACGAUCAUCAGCUAGGUUUAAAAGAAGCCAUGUUUUAAUAGAUAUAACAUUAGUAU